AUGCUUCGUGCAAGUCGUUUUCGAUGGACACGUCCUUUCGCGAGAAGAUAUGCGACCAUCAACUCGUAUGAUGUGUGUGUUAUCGGCGGGGGUCACGCAGGAUGCGAGGCAGCAGCGGGUGCUGCUCGUACCGGUGCUAGGACCCUUUUACUCACCCAGAAACUUGACACAGUAGGAGAACUCUCGUGCAAUCCAUCAAUUGGGGGAGUAGGAAAAGGGACGUUAGUCCGCGAAGUCGAUGCAUUAGACGGCGUAAUGGGCAAGGUUGCUGAUCGAGCGGGGAUUCAGUUCCACAUCUUGAACCGCUCAAAAGGUGCGGCCGUAUGGGGCCCGAGAGCACAAAUAGACCGUAAAAUAUACAAACGGACUAUGCAAGAUAUACUAUUUAAUUACCCUAAUCUUGACGUACGCGCAGGUAGCGUAUUUGAUCUACUACUCGACGAUGCCGAUGCGAGGGUGGCUGGGGUGAAAUUGGACUCGGGAGAGAACGUCCACUGUUCUCAAGUAAUCAUUUGCACGGGAACAUUCCUUGGUGGAGAGAUACAUAUCGGACAAAAGCGCUUCCCAGCUGGGAGAAUCAACGAAGCACCUUCCAUAGGACUUUCGGCGUCUCUGAAGCAAGCAGGUUUCCAACUAGGGCGUCUGCAGACUGGCACCCCCGCUCGACUCGACGGCAAUACAAUUGAUUUUAGUGGGAUGACGAGGCAGGAGGGCGACGUCACCCCUUCGCCGUUCAGCUUCUUGAAUUCUUCUGUCCCUAACGCUGCAAACCAAGUUGUGUGCUACCAGACAGCGACGAACGACAAGACGCAUCAGAUGGUGAAGGACAACUUACACCUUUGUGUCCAUAUCCAAGAAACUAAGAAAGGUCCUCGAUAUUGCCCUUCAUUAGAGGCCAAAAUCCUCAGAUUCGGCAACAAAGCAAAGCACAAUGUAUGGCUGGAACCUGAAGGGUACGAUUCAGAUGUGAUCUAUCCGAACGGAAUAUCGUGUAGUCUACCAGAAGAAUUGCAAGAACCUAUGAUGCGAACUAUCCCUGGUUUAGAGAAUGUCAAAAUGGUUAGACCAGCAUACGGCGUAGAGUACGAUCACAUCGACCCCAGGGAACUAUUUCCCACUUUGGAAACGAAGAAGAUCAAAGGGCUGUUCCUUGCGGGACAGAUCAACGGUACUACUGGAUACGAGGAAGCCGCCGCCCAAGGAACCAUCGCUGGUAUUAACGCUGGUCUUGCUGCGAAAGGUCGUCCAGCGUUUGUGGUUACUCGUGCUGAUGGGUUCAUUGGGGUGAUGAUCGAUGAUCUCAUAGUCAAAGGCGCGGAGGAACCAUAUCGUAUGUUUACUUCAAGAUCGGAAUAUCGGAUGACCAUACGAAGCGAUAAUGCGGAUAUGAGGCUUACGGAGAAAGGUUAUGAGGUCGGCGCCGUCUCUGAAUAUCGGUGGCAGGCCUUCCAGAAAACUAGGCACACAAUGCAAGAUCUGCUCAAGCUUCUCCAUUCAACAUCGUUAAGUCCUCAAGGCUGGGGCGCUCACGGAUUUACUGUACAGCGCGACGGAGUAUGGAGAAGCGCCUUCGACAUGCUCCGAUAUCCCAAGGUCGACGCUAUCGACCUGAAAUGUGUGAUACCUGAGUUAAGUACAGUAGACCCCUCCAUUUUGACGAGGCUGGAGAUCGACGGUCGUUACAGUGCGCAUGUGUUUCGUCAAGAAGCAGACGUGAAGAUCUUCAUGGAGGACGAAUCGUUGAUUCUUGACCCCCAAAUGGACUACAACCAAGUAACUGGGUUGAGCUCCGAAGUUCGGGAGAAGUUGUUCAAGGUGAAGCCUACGACGAUUGGCGCUGCGAAACGGAUGGAAGGGAUGACACCGACCUCGAUAGUGUAUCUCUUGCGGCACGCGAAACGGACUUUCAGGCGUAUUGGCAUGGUAGAUCCUGUGUUGAAUGGCAUUUAA